AGCCACUGCCAAGAUCUUCAGCCAGCGCCAUGAUUCCUGAAGCCUGCAAGACACUAAGCAUUUCUUCAGGUACUCACCUUGGCUCUUUUCUGGAAAGGCUUCGGGCCUGGACUUUGUCCAGCGAAGAGCGACUGCGGAGAGCCGAAAGUAAGGUCUUAGAAGGUACGAAGUGCAAAGUCCACGUGACUGAUGUGCCUGUCAAAGAUGGAAGCAUACACACGCUGAGUAUAUCUCCAAGUUCAAGUGGAAGAGCACCAGUGGUCCUCGUCCAUGGAUACUUCAUGGGAUCGGCCUCCUGGGCACAUAGCUUUGAUGCCUUGGCCUCUAGCGGGCGCAAUGUCUAUGCCAUCGACUGGCCCAGCUGGGGACUCUCCUCUCGGUCGUCCUUUCCGGCGGGGCAGGGUAUCGAUGCUUGCGAGCAGUUCUUCGUGGAUGGCAUAGAGAGCUGGCGAAAGUCUGUUGGCCUCGAACGUGUGGUUUUGUUGGGCCACAGCUUUGGAGGCUACUUUGCCGCUUGCUAUACGAUGAAAUACCCCCAGCACGUCGAGAAACUCAUCCUCGCGAGCCCGGUGGGUAUGAUGGGUAAGCAACCCGACGCUGGAUUUUCCGAAGAUCGUCUGAAGUCUUUGCCCUGGUGGCAACGCUUUCUCUUCUAUCGAAUCAAGAGUAUGUGGGAAGGAGGUUGGACGCCCAUGGAUUUCGUCCGAGUCCUUGGACCCUUGGGUCUUUGGCUCACAGACUGGUACAUGGAUCGCCGCUUUCGGCACGCCCGAGAGCUGGGCACCAUGCAACUGGAUUCUUCAGCCUUUGCCCAGUACCUCCAUGCCUUGGCUCGCCGUUCUCCGGGCUCAGAGCGCUGCUUGGGCGCCUUGUUGGACUUUGGGGCCUGGGCGAAGCACCCGGUGGCACCGCGCCUCGUGGAGCAGCUGCAACGCGAAGUCGGCGAAGUUCCGGUGACGCUCCUGUAUGGGGACACAGAUUGGAUGGAUGCACGUGCUGGGGCCUGGCUGGUUAGGGAGCUGGGCAAAAGCUACCCCACAGAGAUGUUGGUCAUCGAGAACGCAGGACAUCAGAUGUUCCUUGACAACCCACUGGCCUUUAAUGCUGCCUGUCGUCGAGCCUUAGGCUCCGGCAGUCCAAGCAUGAAGGGGCUGUACCACCAGAUCAAUGUGCAGUAGAUGUUUGGCCUUGUCUCCAGAUCAACUGAUCAAUGGCUCGAGACUGAGUUCUUUACUCGGAGUUCUAUAGGUGGGAGUUGGUGGGAGGACUCCCCUUCCCAGCCACCAUUGAGGAGGGAUCAGGAUUUCACUGAUAUGAAGCUCCUUGAUGGCUUGACAAUCGCCAAAUUCAUCGCCGACUCUGAGACAUUG